CCGGAGGACACCAACCGUCUGAGUCCAGCCUUUACCGAAGAGCUCUACGGAGGAGACGGUGCACACCGGGAGGAGAGGGUUUCCUCUCAGGGGCUGGGCUGACAACUCGGUAUUUGUCCUCCUGUCGGUGAGGAGGAGAGGGAAGAAGCAGAGAUAAGGGAGAUCAUCAAUGCUGGAGCGACCAGCCGCCUUUCUUCUUCUUCUGUCGGGGCUGCGGUAAAAAAGUCGUUCACGAUGCCGGUGUUUCACACCAAAACCAUCGAGAGUAUCCUGGAGCCAGUGGCCCAGCAGAUCUCUCACCUAGUCAUCAUGCACGAGGAGGGGGAGGUAGACGGUAAAGCCAUCCCGGAUCUGACGGUGCCGGUGGCCGCUGUGCAGGCUGCUGUCAGCAACCUUGUGCGGGUGGGAAAGGAAACGGUUCAAACCACCGAGGACCAGGUGAUGAAGAGAGACAUGCCUCCUGCGUUUAUUAAGGUGGAGAAUUCAUGCUCUAAGCUCGUCCAAGCUGCUCAGAUGCUGAAAGCGGAUCCCUACUCUGUUCCUGCACGAGAUUUCCUGAUCGAUGGAUCCAGAGGGAUACUGUCCGGAACAUCCGACUUGCUCCUUACCUUCGACGAGGCAGAGGUACGUAAGAUAAUCCGAGUGUGUAAAGGUAUCCUGGAGUAUCUGGCAGUAGCUGAGGUGGUGGAGACCAUGGAAGACCUCAUCACAUACACCAAGAACCUCGGACCAGGGAUGACCAAAAUGUCAAAGAUGAUAGAGGAGAGGCAGCAGGAGCUGACACACCAAGAGCACAGACAGAUGCUAGUCACCUCCAUGAACACUAUCAAAGAGCUGCUGCCCGUUCUUAUCUCAGCUAUAAAAAUUUUUGUCGCAACGAAGAGCAGUCGAGGUGCCGGGGUUGAGGAAGCAGAGAGAAACCGAAGGUUCACUUUUGAAAAGAUGAGCGCUGAAAUUAAUGAGAUCAUAAGAGUCCUGCAGCUCACCACGUGGGAUGAAGACGCCUGGGCCAAUAAGGAUAUGGAGGCCCUGAAGAGAUCUCUGGCUUUGAUUGAGUCAAAGAUGGCACAAGCUAAAAGCUGGCUCAAAGACCCUCACGGACAGCCAGGAGACCCCGGUGAGGUGGCCCUGCGUGUAAUACUGGAUGAAGCUGGUAAGGUGGGAGAGCUGUGUGCUGGGAAGGAGAGGAAAGACAUACUGGCGACCACUAAGGCUCUGGGACAAAUGACUGACCAGGUCACAGAUCUACGAGCUAGAGGCCAAGGCCCGACCCCGGGGUGUGUGCAGCGUGCCGGCCAGUGCUCGCAGGGCUUAGACUUGCUAUUUGGCAAAGUGGACAGUGCUGCUCGCAGACUGGAGGCUCUAAUCAAUGCCAAACAGGCUAUUGCCAGGAGGCUGGAUGCUGCACAGGCAUGGCUGGCUGAUCCUCACGGCGGUCCCGAGGGGGAGGAGAACAUCAGAGCGCUCCUUGCAGAAGCCAAACGCAUCGCCGAUCUAUGCGAAGACCCCAAAGAGAGGGACGACAUCCUGCGUUCCAUAAGUGAGAUCGCAGGACUCACCGCCAGGCUCAUGGAGCUACGCAGACAGGGUAAAGGUGACAGUCCGGAGGCCCGUGCACUUGCCAAGCAGAUUGGGGCGGCGCUACUGACCCUGCAGUCUAAAACCAACCGCGCCGUAGCCAACAUGAGACCAGCCAAGCCUGCAGUAACCUUGGAGGGCAAGAUGGAGCAGGCCCUCCGUUGGGUGAACAACCCUGGAGUGGACGACAGAGGAGUAGAGUGUGAGAGGCUACAGUGGAACACAGGUCAGGCAGCAAUCAGAGGAAUGGUUGGGGAAGGGAGGAGGCUGGCAGGAGGCCUGUUAGGCCCGUAUCGUCAGGAUAUGAUUGGGCGCUGUGACCGAACAGAGGCUCUGAUGACAUCCUUGGCAGACAUGGCUGGCAGGGGAGAGGCUGAGGCUCCUCAUGCACGCGCUACAGCUGCACAGCUGCAGGACACCCUUAAGGACCUGAGGCAGCGCAUGCAGGAGGUGAUGACCCAGGAAGUGUCUGAUGUUUUCAGUGACACCACCACACCUAUCAAACUGCUGGCUGUGGCUGCAACUGCACCUCCCGAUGCACCAAACAGAGAAGAGGUUUUUGAAGAGCGCGCAGGGAACUUUGAGACCCACGCGGGUCGGCUGGGGGCAACGGCAGAGAAGGCUGCUGCUGUGGGAACAGCCAAUAAGACUACAGUAGAAGGCAUCCAUGCUGCUGUGAAACAUGCUAGGGAGCUCACACCACAGGUAACGUCUGCCGCUCGGAUCUUGUUGAAGAACCCUGGGAACAAAGCGGCGUAUGAACACUUUGACACCAUGAAGAACCAGUGGAUCGACAAUGUGGAGAGACUCACCGGUCUAGUGGAUGAAGCUAUCGACACCAAAUCUCUGCUAGAUGCGUCUGAGGAGGCGAUAAAGAAAGACAUCGACAAGUGCAGAGUUGCCAUGGCAAAUGUUCAGCCCCAAAUGCUUGUUGCCGGGGCAACAAGCAUAGCAAGGAGAGCUAAUCGGGUCCUGUUGGUGGCUAAGAGGGAAGUUGAGAACUCUGAAGACCCACGAUUCAGAGACACUGUGAAACACGCUUCAGACAUCCUCUCGCACACCAUCUCGCCUAUGGUGAUGGACGCCAAGGCGGUGGCAGGGAACAUCCAAGAUAAAGCUCUGCAGAAAGCCUACUUGGACUCGUGUCUGAGGAUCCUGGCUGCAGUCGGAAAAGUUAGAGAAGCCUUUCAGCCUCAGGAGCCGGACUUCCCUCCUCCACCUCCUGACUUGGAUCAGCUCCAUGUUAGUGAUGAGCAGGCACCACCCAAACCUCCGUUACCAGAGGGGGAAGUGCCUCCGCCUCGGCCUCCUCCUCCAGAGGAAAAGGAUGAGGAGUUCCCGGAGCAGAAAGCUGGAGAGGUGCUCAGCGAGCCCAUGAUGGUGGCAGCCAGGCAGCUGCACGAUGAGGCGCGCAAGUGGUCAAGCAAGCCUGAAGAUGAGGAGGCAGUAGAGGAGAGGGAGGUAGAUGAUGAAGAUGAGUUUACUGAUGGUGAGGAUGACUAUGAGCCAGAGCUGCUGCUGAUGCCAUCCAACCAGCCUGUCAAUCAACCCAUUCUGGCAGCUGCCCAGUCUCUCCACCAGGAGGCGCGCAAGUGGUCCAGCAAGGGUAAUGACAUCAUAGCCGCAGCCAAGCGGAUGGCUCUGCUGAUGGCAGAAAUGUCUCGGCUGGUGCGUGGUGGAAGCGGGAACAAACGAGCACUGAUCCAGUGCGCUAAGGACAUCGCCAAGGCCUCAGAUGAGGUGACAAGACUGGCAAAAGAAGUGGCUAAACAGUGCACUGACAGACGCAUCAGAACAAACCUGCUGCAGGUCUGUGAACGAAUCCCUACCAUCAGUACUCAGCUGAAGAUUCUCUCUACUGUCAAAGCCACUAUGCUGGGACGGACAAACAUUAGUGAAGAGGAGUCAGAGCAGGCCACAGAGAUGUUGGUCCAUAACGCCCAGAAUCUGAUGCAGUCCGUGAAGGAGACGGUCAGAGAAGCAGAAGCAGCCUCCAUCAAGAUCCGCACCGAUGCGGGCUUCACCCUCCGAUGGGUGCGGAAGACCCCCUGGUACCAAUAGUCAUACCUGGUCACUGACAUGAAUGAUGCUCUUUCUUUAAAACUUUGCUUCAAUAGCACAAACCUCGAGUAAAGUAGCAAUGUGCAUAUGCAUUAAGCGUAAGCAUGUGCACUUCAAGAGGAAGCUGCAGGAUUUUGAGCCAUUCUCCACUGUAGUUUGGGUGUUUGCACCAAGAAGCAUUAGAUCUGGUCCCAUGCAGGUUUCUUUUAAUGGCGUGAGCGGAAUCGCACAGGUAUAUCGGAGACAGUUUUUUAAAGUAUAUUUUUGGUAUGUUGUGUUACAAGACUUUAUCCAAAGUUCAGGUAUAUAUUUUUUGCAUGAAAAUGUUUUCUAUUUUCUAAAGGCGAAUUAUGACACUAAAAUGCUCCUAGAGGAUGUUUACUUUGCAUUCAGUUUUUUCAGUGAGUUUCUUAUUGUCUAUUGUAUAUACAAUAAUUGUUUGUUUUAUGAAAGAUUUUUAGCUUUAUUCACUCAGUUUGACACUAAAGUCGGGAGUAUUGGAGCGAGCUGAGGAGCUCACUUUCCUUCCUGUUUACUUUUUAACAAUAAAGGUUCUUUACUAAAGAUCUACAAAUUCAGAAGUUCUAGCAUCAUCACUUCAAUGAUUUUAUACUUGAAGAACCUAAAGGUGUUAUGAAUACAAAUGAGACAGUUUUAAAGCAAUUAUAUGAUUAGAAUAAAAUAUAUGGUUGUUAUUAACUAUGUUGUUUCUUGGGAGGUUGACACUACAGCUCACAGGUUUUCACUUGACAGCAGCAGUAUGUGUGACAUUGAAGUCAAAGUCAGGCUUAACUGAUAUAUUUUUAAUGUGUGUUUUUAGUUCUGUGUUUUCAUUUUUGUUGAACUUCCACAGUGAUCAAUGCCAAAGGAUUUGUUUUACAUUACUGUGAGCUUCUAAACACUCAAACUCCAGGUUACUGCAGACAGUGCCGUCCUCUGUAGAGGACCCGGAGUGCUUUUUUUAAGGUCUGUUUAUUUUUAGCCAAAAGAUAUGAAUGUUUUACUCUGCUUUGCAUUUUUUUUGUAAUCUAUUUGUAGUGCUGCACUGUACUGCACUCUUUGUAACAGUUGAACUGUUUGGAAAUUUUAGCAAAGCUGAUGAUUUUAGGCAGCAUCCUUUUAUUGUUUUGGGUUCUUUUCUUUUCUUUUUUUUUAGAUAUCCAGAUAUCCCUCUGUUUGAGCUCAGUAGUCCCAUGUUAAAUGCUCUAAAGCAUCAUCUGAAAAAUCCAUUUUUUUUCCUUUUUUAGAUGACCCCGGUGGUUUGAAAACAAGACAACUCUUUUUAUCGGGCAAUAUUGUCAGCCUAGCAACGUAGAUUUUAUUUUUAGGUUAACACUAAAAUAUAUUUAAAAUGAGUUUGUUGUCAUCUGGGAUUAAAGGAUUAAACAUUAUAUUUUUACAUUAAUACAUGCAGUCAGUCAGCAAAUGCAUAUUUUUAUUUCCUUUAAUUUAACAGUGGAGAAUCUGUACGCACCUGUAUGUGAAGUCUUUUCAUUUAAGCAGUAGUAGUGAGCAGUCCAAAUGACACUAAUGGACAAAGCUCUGUAUUGCAGCACAGAAUGUUAACCGCAUUUUCACUUUUAUUUGGGCCUACUGAGCAUGUAGCAGCACUGACUAUUCACUGAGAGCGACACAAUGUAGAUCUGCGUGUGCACCUGAUGUGUUCAUUCACACCCCGAAUGUAUUCUGAUAACUUCUAGCCCUGCCAACACAUCUGCUGUGCCUUGGAAGAAGAAUAAAAGACUAUAAU